AUGACAGAACCAGACGGGAUGAUGGGCGCAGUCACCGCAGAUCCCGCAGCCCAGAGAGACGUUACCGCGGGCGUGACCGCCCUCGCGAGAGAGAUGCGUAUCGGCGACGAGACCUCCCCCGUAGACCGGCGCGACGAAGAUACUUAUCGGCCAGCUCGAAGAGACCGAUCUCGAGAGCGCCGCCGAGAUGAUGACCAUGAUAUCCGCCGCAGAAGUCGUGAUAGGGAUUACCGUUCCAGGCGAGAUGACUCCCGCGAUCGGGAUCGGAGGCGGAUAGAUGAUUCUGCUGACUUGAAGCCCAAGUCCAGACGGGAUGACAGCCGUGAUCGUGCUCCGAGCCGACGGUCCAGGUCCAGAACCCGAGAGCCAUCCAAGCCAUCCACACCGGCCCCAACUGCGCAGACAGACGAGGCGAAAAAAGCAGAGAGACUUGCCAAGCUUGAAGCAUGGAAACAGAAACAGGCCGCCGAGCGCGAAAAGAAGCAAAAAGAACAGGCAUCGGUUGAUCCAAAGAAGAUUCUCGAAGCGAUUGACCGUAAAUCGGUUGUGUCUCCAGGUCCUGCUACAUUUCCCGGAAAGUCGAAGUUUGAUCCAAAGGCUAUCGUCAAAUCAUCCACCUCGACCACGGCCGCUCCCGCUGUGCUUGCCAAAGGUAAUGUCAGCGGAUUCGGCUUGGGUGUGAAACAAGUUUCUGAAACGGAGAAGCACUCUGCUUCUAAAACUCUGGGCUUUGGGGAUGGUGAUGAAGAAUCAACACGAAAGAAACUUGAGAAAUUGCCGUCCAUGCCUCUCGAUGUGGAUGCACAGGUAGACGAUGCUGUGGAAGAUGAUGAUGUAGAUAUGCAAGUUGAAGGAACGGAAGAACACGCGGCAGCCGAAGCGCGUGCUGCAGCGGAACGCCGAGAUACACGACUCCAGGAUCAAAAUGAGGAUGUCCAUAUGGAGGAGGUCACGAAUGCCCAGGCCGAUUCUACCAUGGACGUUGAUGACGACGAAGAAAUCGAUCCCCUGGAUGCGUUCAUGGCUGGACUCCAAGACUCGGCGCCGCCUGAACGGAAAAUCGGCGCCACUUUUGCGAAGAAGACCGCACAGCAACAACCCGAGGCGAUGUUUGGUGACGAGGAGGAUGUGGCUGUGACUGCAGUCGGUGAUGAGAAAGCCGAAGAUGUCCUCGCUAUGGCAGCAAUUAAAAAGAAGAAACGGGAGAUGCCUGAGAUUGACCACACGAAGAUUGAGUAUGAGCCGUUCCGCAAGGAAUUUUACACCGAACCGUCCAACCUUGCUGAGAUGACCGAGGAGGAGGUAGCAAAUUUGCGACUUGAACUGGAUGGCAUCAAGGUCCGCGGUCGGGAUGUCCCUAAACCUGUUCAAAAGUGGUCACAGUGCGGUCUGGGCGUUCAGACGUUAGAUGUUGUUCACAAACUUGGGUGGGAAAACCUCACAUCCAUUCAAGCUCAAGCCAUUCCCACGAUCAUGUCCGGUCGCGAUGUCAUUGGUGUGGCAAAAACUGGCUCAGGAAAGACCGGUGCUUUCCUCGUUCCGAUGUUCCGACAUAUUAAAGACCAACGGCCCUUGUCUAGUACAGAUGGCCCGAUUAGUAUGAUCUUGUCACCCACCCGUGAACUGGCCACCCAAAUCCAUAAGGACUGUAAGCCUUUCUUGAAGGCCUUGGGUCUUCGUGCCGUCUGCGCGUAUGGUGGAGCCCCGAUCAAAGACCAAAUUGCGGAACUGAAACGAGGCGCCGAAAUUAUUGUAUGCACUGCUGGCCGUCUCAUCGAUCUCCUGGCCGCAAACCAAGGACGGGUCCUCAAUCUACGCCGUAUCACGUAUGUCGUUCUUGACGAGGGUGACCGCAUGUUCGAUAUGGGCUUCGGACCACAAGUUGUGAAGAUCAUGGCUAGCAUCCGGCCGGACAGACAGACUGUCCUUUUCUCGGCCACUUUCCCCAAGAAUAUGGAAUCAUUGGCCCGCAAAACUUUGAACGAGCCAGUGGAGAUCACUGUGGGUGGCAGGAGUGUUGUGGCUCCGGAAAUCACGCAAAUUGUUGAGGUCCGUAAUAACGACCAGAAAUUCUUCCGCCUGUUGGAGCUUCUGGGAAAUCUGUAUGAGGACGACGCAAAUGAAGACGAUCGCACCUUGAUUUUUGUGGAUCGUCAAGAGGCUGCAGAUGACUUGCUCAAGCAAUUGAUGUAUAAGGGUUAUCCAUGCAUGUCGAUUCACGGCGGAAAGGAUCAGAUCGAUCGCGACAGCACCAUUCAAGAAUUCAAGGCAGGCAUUUUCCCCAUCCUGGUCGCGACGUCAGUUGCUGCUCGUGGGUUAGAUGUCAAGCAGCUCAAGCUCGUCGUCAACUAUGAUGCACCUAAUCACCUGGAGGAUUAUGUCCAUCGUGCCGGCCGGACUGGGCGAGCCGGCAACACCGGAACUGCCGUCACGUUCAUCACCGAGGAACAGGAUCGGUAUGCCGUGGAUAUCGCCAAGGCUCUCCGACAAAGUGGACAGGAAGUUCCCGAGCCUGUCCAGAAGUUAGUGGAUGGAUUCAACGAGAAAGUCAAGUCUGGCAAGGAGAAGUACACACCGCGCCAUGGAUUUGGUGGUAAAGGUCUGGACCGUCUUAAUAUGGAACGUGAAACCGCGCGACUUCGUGAGCGAAAAGCAUACAAAACAGGGGAUGACAUGGACGAUGAAGAAGAGAAACUUGAGACCGAGCAGGAAUCAGACGAUCGAUUCAAUAAAGCUCUUUCGGCCGUCCGAUCUGCCGCUGAACCGGCCGUGCCAUCAGCUGCACCUUCAGUCUCUAUGCCCGGCGUGCCGAAAGGGAUUGAUCUUGAUGGUAAGAUCGUGGUGCAUCGCACGGAGAGAGCGCCGGCGAAUGCUUCAAAGAACCCAUUGGACAAGGUGGGCUCCGCCGUUGCGGAUAUUCAUGCACGUUUGAGCCGUGCAGGUGUGAUGCGAUCUGGCGUGCCAAUAGAUAAUCGUGGCCCUGAUGCGGGUGCCUUCCAUGCAACGCUCGAAAUCAACGAUUUCCCUCAAAAAGCACGUUGGGCGGUUACAAACCGCACGAACGUUGCAAAGAUCCUGGAGGCAUCUGGUACCUCUAUCACCACGAAGGGCAAUUUCUACGCCGCCGGGAAAGAACCAGCGCCUGGGGAGCUCCCCAAGCUCUACAUCCUGGUUGAGGGCGAGACGGAGAUUUCAGUCACCACCGCCAUACACGAGCUCCGACGCCUGCUCAAGGAUGCGACACUGGCCGCCUCAGAAGGUGAGGCGCGUGCUCCGGUGGGUGGCCGCUACAAUGUUCUCUAG